AUGUUAACAGCCGCUAACUUGCGCCGAUCUGCUUUACGUCGGAUUUUGCAUGUGCGUGUUAAUACCCAUAUUCUGGGCUUCAAGUACCCGCCAAUAUCGGAUUCUACACCUACCACAUUACGAGCUUCAAUGAACCGAUAUCGAAACGCCCCGAAGCUCGGAGGCUCUAACUCCAACAAAGCCACCGCGACUACACUGUGCCAAAAAUGCCUCGGACGAGAUAUAUGUUUGACUAACUCCGAUCCACGACACUAUAGCUUUGAUUGCAAGGCAUCCGCGCAAGAGCGCCCAUACGUCCCGCGACCUUCAAGGACUCAGCAGCUACUUCACCCAGAAUUGAUGCCUAAGCUUUCCAGCGAUAAUCCAAAUGAGCUGCUGCGGAAAGAGGGCGUGGCGGAUGAAUUACUUGCUACACGGGACGAAGAGCGUGGCCGAAAGAGAGAACUUGAGGAUAUGACAAAUCGUAACGCCCAGUCUCCAAAACGGGUCAGAUCUCUCUCAGUGGCAACAAUAUCCACCAAUCGAUCCGUUUCCUCAUCUCCCCGCCGUAAUAAACACGGCGCAACCGACAGAGGUCGUCGAGAUGAUUCAUCAACAUCACCUACAAAGUCCCGAAAGAGACGCUACAGUGAUUCUUCAGAGGGUUCUUCUGGUUCAGUUCACUCGGGACCAAAGGUCCGCUCACCCUCUCGAGAGCGAACCGACGACCGAAACACUCGUCGACGGAGACGAGAGUCUAGUCCCGAAGAACGAGGUCGGCACCGUGGAGCAGGAAGACAUAGCGAGCGAAGGGAUCGCCGAAGCAAGAGUGCAGAUAAUGAUCGAGUGAAAGAAUCACGUGCUACGACCCAGGAUAUUCCCCGGGACCGUUCAUACCGUGAUCGAGCAAGCCCACCACGCCAGUCUCAACCUGGACGGUCUAGGCCUGAUCCCAUACCUCAGAAGAACCAGCCUCCUCGGGAACGAAGCUUGAGUCCUUUCAGUAAGCGUCUUGCUUUGACUCAAGCCAUGAAUAACGGACGGUAA